AUGUUUUAUUCCCAUGAGAUUUUAAGCAGUACCCAGUAUGGGGUUGCUACUAUUUGGCUGGUGGCCACGGUAGGCAAAGGAAACCAGAAGAGACUGACUAAGAAGGCGAUCCAAGAAGUCAACGUUCCAAAGGCUUGCGAGAAAAUACUGGAUCCAGGAGCUCCUCUUGCUCUCCGUCUCCAAGGCAAUCUACUCUAUGGUGUUUCACGUGUUUUCGAGCAGCAGUGUGCCUAUGUUCUCACGGACGCUGAAAAGACCCAGUCUGACAUGGUGACAUUUUUUCGCAUCAUUCAAACAAGUGAAACUGAUCCGCGAGCCGGAAAGUCCAAGCGUCAGAACAUUGUUUUACAAGAUGACCCUGCUUUUGAUCCUUUCACCUCACUUCCAAACUUGAACCUGCUGCAAUGGGACAAAGAUUUUGUGCUAUUUCCAAGCCAGGGUUCCUCAAGCAAGUUCUCCCAAAUGACACCGCUCGCAACAGCUGGUAGCCAAGGUAGUUUCUCGCCACGCCACCGCUCUGCAUUGAUCAAUCUUGAGCUUCCACCUUCUUCACAAUCAGCUGCAAGCUGCCGCCUUCCCUCAGAUUUUGGUAGACUCAGUCCUUUGUUUGGCAAAUCAAUUCACCAUCCUGACAGCAUGACUGAGUUCCAACCGCUUGCUGACGAUGAAUUUCCAUCCAUCUCGGGAAUCGGCUUUGAAUUCGACGCAGAGGGAAAUCUCGUUAGCAUUCUUGAUCAAGAGCCUGAGCCUGAGCCUGAACUGCCUCCUCUUCCUGCCGCGACAAAUGCUACAAGCAGUCUUGGAUUACAGCAAGUGAUGAAAGACGAUCAACUACAGGCCGCAGAACAAACAGAGGCAGGCACUAAUCGAGUAUCUGCCAAGAUGGCUAGAUCGAGGCGGAUCAACCCACAUGCUAUGUUGGAUGAAAGAAUCCAAAUUUCCAGCCGAGAACUCAGAGAUUGGACUGAAAACUACGUUUCGAAUGCCGAAUCCCUCCGCCAACAACAGCGAAAGACCAUCACUACUCUUGGGCAAGCGAGGAGGAAUGCAAUGGCACUCCUCUAUGACUACGGUGUCGCUCGUGUCGGAGCAUAUCAUCAAGCGGAAGGUCUAAUGCAUCCACUGGCAGCUGAUUUUUCCGGCAUCUCGUUAAAGGCACGCCUCCAAGGAAAAGAGCCAGAUGAAAUCGAGCAACUCGAACCUAUAAAGAGAGGCCGUCGACGGAAGUCAGAUGAAGCUUUUGAAGACGAACAUGGCGCAGACCAACGAAAUGCAAAGCAACGAGUUAUUGAAGAAGUCGAGCUUGGUCGAGGCGGUAAUUACGAUGAAGCACAUAUCAUGUUUGAUGAUAACUCGGUUCCUGAGAUAGGAAUGGAUGCGCCGCCGCCAAUGGAAGAUCAUCAUUCUUCCUCAAUGAUGCCAUGGAGUCGACCUGGCUCGGCUGUCCCAGGAUCUUCCGUCCGAGGCAGUGCCCAGAAGCCAAAGACUGCCCCCAGCCCUCUACUCGGCCGUGGAAGUGCUCUGAAUACCAUCGAUCGCCAUAGUGAUCCUGCCGAGCCGCUCUUUGGAAUGGACGACUUUGGUUCUCACGACUCGUCUUUCCAACUGAGUGGCCCUAUUGGUCCUCUGGACUAUGAUCGAGACAAUGCCACUCAAUUUUCGACUCAAGGCCUUGAUGUUACUAGUCAAGAUUUCCUGGGUUAUGUAGCAGAGCAAGCUGCAAAAAAAGGGGUCGUCUACGGCCGAGACAAAAAACAUCGUCGGUGGAUUGAGUUUGAGGAGCUAGCCGAACCAACUACUCAUCCUAGAGCCGUUGCCGCUCAAGCGUUUCUACAUGUGCUAUCGCUGGCGUCGAAGAACGUAAUCUCAGUCCACCAAGAAGGCGUGGCAACCAUGCAGCCUUUCGGGGCUCUUCACAUUGGAAUAAACGCCUCUGUCAACGAAAUGUUUGACACGCAGAUGGAGUCGGAAGAUGAGCUUGCUUAA